CAAUACUCUAAUAUUAUGUAUUUGCUACAAAAAGGGAGGUUGUUACUCACAAAUUACAAAUGCUCUUUGUCACUUCUCAACCAAAUACAUAGCUAUUUGGAUCCUAUAUAUGCGAAAGAAGAGAAGCAUUGCAUUCAAAGAUCCCAAAAAUUCUCAUAUUUCUCUGAAAUUAACGAAAAGAACAGUUUUUUCAGUGGGAAAAUGAGUGAUUUGAAGUCGAAGUUCUUGGAUGUUUACAAAAUACUGAAAUCUGAGCUUCUUAAUGAUCCAGAUAUCGAGUUUACUGAUGAUGGUCGUCAAUGGGUCGAACGGAUGUUGGACUACAAUGUACCUGGAGGUAAGCUGAACCGUGGGCUCUCUGUUAUUGAUAGCUACAGUUUGUUGAAAGAAGGGAAAGAACUAACCAGUGAGGAAAUCUUUCAAACAUCUUCCCUUGGCUGGUGCAUUGAAUGGCUUCAAGCAUAUUUCCUUGUUCUUGAUGAUAUAACGGAUGGCUCUCAUACACGCCGAGGUCAAAAAUGCUGGUUCAGAUUACCCAAGGUUGGCAUGAUUGCUGCUAAUGAUGGCAUACUUCUUCGUAACCACAUACCAAGAAUUCUUAAGAAGCACUUUAGAGGAAAGCCUUAUUAUGUUGAUCUUCUUGAAUUGUUUAAUGAGGUGGAAUUUCAGACUGCCUCUGGACAAAUGAUAGAUUUGAUUACCACACAUUCUGGAGAGAAAGAUUUAUCAAAAUACUCAUUGCCUGUUCAUAGGCGGAUUGUCCAGUAUAAAACUGCUUAUUACUCAUUUUAUCUCCCAGUGGCAUGUGCACUUCUUAUGGCAGGAGAGAAUCUUGACAAUCAUGUUAAUGUCAAGAACAUACUACUCGAAAUGGGAAUAUAUUUCCAAGUUCAGGAUGAUUACUUGGACUGCUUUGCUGAUCCAGAGAUAUUGGGUAAGAUUGGCACGGAUAUUCAAGAUUUCAAGUGCUCUUGGUUGGUAGUGAAAGCCCUAGAACACUGCAAUGAUGAGCAGAAAAAGUUAUUACAUGAAAACUAUGGAAAAGAUGACCCUGCUUGUGUUGCUAAAGUAAAGGCGCUCUACAAUGAUCUCAAACUUGAGGAUGUGUACCUGGAAUAUGAGAAGAGUAUAUAUGAAAAGCUGAUCAACUCCAUUGAAGCUCAACCAAGCAAAGCAGUGCAAGCAGUUCUGAAGUCAUUCUUGGCAAAGAUAUACAAAAGGCAGAAGUAGGAGAUAAAAUUAUUUAACUUCAAUAUUUAAUGUUUCGAAUUAUUUGUUUUAUUUUCUAUCGGGUGUUCGGUACCUGCUUGGAGCCUGAAUAAUUCAAAUCUGUGCUAAGAGGCGGAAUCACGAUUUGAAAGUGUCGGAGACAUCUCUAUCUUUAACAUAGACAUGUUAUUUGUUUUUCCCCUUCAAAUAAAUGAGACAUGUUAAUUACUUACUA